AGGCCAUUUUCAUGAAAUGAAACUGUUGUGGUUUCUUGGUUCUUGCAAAACUUUAUAACAAAAAGAACAACAUAUUACGGUUCAAAAUAAAUAAAGAAUGGCUGCUUUAUUACUAUUGAAAUCAAUGCUAUUAAGUAAAGCAUUACAAAAAAGCACAAAGGAAAAGAAGCCAGAUAAAAAGACUAAGCAGCCCAAGCAGAAACAGAAAGCUUUUUCGUACAGAUCUGGUACUGAGACGUGCCGAGUGUGCAGUCAGUCCACCGCAGACAUUCCAAUAUUCAACAACCACUUAGAGCCACAUCUCGCUGAUGAAAUCUUACACUUUUCUGGUGUCUUCAUUAUAGAAUCAAACAUGUUUCCCAAAAUGAUGUGUGAGAGUUGUUACCAGCUGCUGCGAUGCUGCAUCACGUUCCGAGACAUGUGUCAGCGCACCAACAAGGAGCUCUGGAAGUCCCACUCAUUGACCACAGGCAGUGUGGAAGACCAUGCAACUGAAAAUAACAGUAUACUAUUAAAAAAAACCAUAGAAGAUAAUGUAAAUGAAAUUAAAGUAGAAGAAUUUGACAUUGAUCAUGAUCAUUUUGAUGAUAAUGAUGUAUUUCAUAAUGAAAUUAGUGACAAAACUGAUGAUAUUAAAGAACACAUUAAGUCUGAUUCAGUGAAUUUAAUUUCUGAAGAAGUCAAUAAUAAGUUAAUGGUUACCAAAGAUUUACCAACUAAAGCAAAGGGUGUGCGACGUAAACCUAGUCAAAAGAGAAAAUCCAAAUCACCUACAUUAAAAAAAACUAUCGAAUCUUCCAAAGCAGGUGUGAAAACCAAGAAUCAGUCUUUAUGUGAUAACUGUGGGAAAAUCUGUCCUUCCAUUGCCCAUUUGCGAAUUCACAUGACCACACAUUACAACAUAUUCCCUUUCAAGUGCGAUGUUUGUCCGUAUAAAGGACGGACAAAGUAUCUACUGACAGUACAUAAAAGAUCGCACUUAGCUAUAAAACCAUACAAGUGUACUUUGUGUCCCAAAACGGCAAUUUCGGCCACCAAUCUCAAGAGGCACAUGGAAGGUGCACAUAAUGUUUUAUAUUCUAGACCUAUUAAGUGUCCACAUUGUGAGAAAGUAUUAAAAACCAAAACAUAUCUGAAAAGGCAUGUGUAUGCAGUUCAUGAAAAUCUUGGAAAUACAGAAUGUGAAAUCUGCACUAAAGUUAUGAGAAAAACACAUAUGCGGAAGCAUCUUUGGCGAGUGCACAAGAUACAGCCGCAAAAGCCUACACUUCCCAACAAGCUGCCUUCAUACAUACUGUGCAACCGCGCGUCGGAGCAGUCUCACCAACAACACACUGGGCACAGUGAAGAGCUGACCAAUAGUGAACGAGUAUUUUAACA